GCUCGGUUCGGUCGUGCUCACUUUUGCGUCUCCAUUCCGUCGUCGCCCCAUGAUCCCGCCGCCCUGUUUUGCGAUUCACGACGCGCUCUCGUACCCCGAUCCAUACACGCGAUCGUCGAUCGUACCGUCGCGGGUCACCGGCGGCCCGGCAGCGGCGAUCCACGAUAGAUCGUCGUUCGAUCACGCGGCAGGUGGCACGACAGAGGAACACGUGGACCAGCGAACGCGAUUCGACCGUACGAGUGACAGCGAUCACGGUGUGCCACGGCGCGGGUUCCGUUUCGUGAUAGAAACGGGGCAUUCGUCGCACGAGAACGCCAAGUGUACGCGGUUACGAGAUCGCUACGGUAUCGGGAUGUAAUCUCGACCGAAGAGCGGGAAAAAAAGUUUCGCGACAACUGGUUCCGCGGAGGAUGUGCUACGGUCGGUUCGCCGGUAACGUGACAAGUUCUACGACUUCUUGAAUGGUCCAGGGAUCCGUGACAACCAGGUCGUGAGGAAGCUCCGAAGCCGCAAACCCUCCUAUCAGAGCCUCUCAAAUGGAUUUCGCAAGAAACCUUCGCGAGUAAUUCUGUGGUUAAGUGUCGGUACGACUGUUCCCUAAGGAAAGAAUCAGGGGUUUCUAGCAAUCACAUGUUCGAAUCAAGGACGUGCAGGAGGCAAUAGUACGAGGGAUCAGCGGUAAGAUAACGACAUCGAGGAGGAUAGUUUCGCGGUGUACGUCGGAAUCGAGUAUCGGGGCUCUUAAUGGGCAUUCCGCGGAUCCCAGUCGAAGUUCGCUUGGCUCUGUACGAGGGAAGCAGGACUCGAGAGGAGGAAGAGGAGCCUUGAGAAUCGUCGGGAGGACUUUAUGGUCGCUCGAGGGUGGCGCAGAGUGGCGAACGACCUGCUGCAGCGCGAUAAUCCUCCGCCCUCCGACCAUCUUCGUGCCACGGAACGACGAAUAUGAUCUACUGACCGUCCCUAUGGCCGGCGUGUAACCGUUCCGUGCAGCCAGGAUCGGCUCUUCCGACGUCCCGAAGGCGUCAGGACACUGAACAGUAAUAGUGUAAAUGUGCACAGACGCAGACAUGUCGCGUAUUUUGAAUCGCGCCUCCACCAUCGCCGCGAUAUUCAGCAUCGUGAUACUCGUGAUAUUCCUGGUGAUUCUGUGGACCGGCGUGCACAUCGCGACAGGGGCACGAAACCUUAGCGAGAAAGAUGUCGAAAGGGCCCCGAAAUCCGGGCUGUGGACCUUCGACGAACCGAGGCGGCCUUCGAACGAGUCCGCCACCACCACGGUGAUGUUCGACGAGGAGAACUUCACCAACGAGGUGAUACCGAAAGUGGUGAAACCGUCGAGGGACCAAGACAAAUCCCCGAUCCAUGAGUCGUCAUCCCCGAGCUCCGAUCUGGAGUACGUCAUGCUGAUGAAGAUCAGCGAGAACCAGUACGGGGAUCCGCCGGAGAAUUACACGACGGCCACGAGGCACCACAGCGGCCAUUUCCGCCACGCCUCGGCGGAAGUCUGGGACUCUUAUCCCCAAUACGAAUUUACCGCCUUCGGCAGGCGAUUUCGUCUGCGUCUCAGGCUCGAUUCCAGCUUCGUAUCGUCGAAUAUUAAGAUAACUCACAUGAGCGAGAACACAACCAGAAGGGAGCAUCCAGGCCAUGAACUUGGAUGCCUUUACACCGGAACCGUGGACGACGAUCCGUAUUCCGUCGUCACUGUCAGCCUCUGUCACGGAAUGAUGGGCCACGUGAGAACGUCGACGGGAAGCUACGUAAUUAAACCAGCCGAGCCGUGGCGAGAGGACAACAAGGAUUCUCUAAAUUUCGCGCUGCAACACGCCAUCCAAAGGAUGCGCUCGCCCGCCGUGGAAUCCAACCACUUAUACGACACCGAUGAGCGACACAAACCCCGAAACUGCGGCGUGAUCGAUGACGACACCCCGACUCCAAUUUUAGACGAUGCGUCCGGCAUUAAAAUUUACGCCGAUGGCCGAUCCCACGAGCGCAGAUCGCGCAGAUCACUCACGGAAAAAACGUCUCUGGAUCGUUCCCAAGGCGACGAGGAGUACGAGCGGUUCAUGGAAGAGCGCGAGAGGCAACAAAAUUUUUUACGAAACAACGACAGACACGAAAGAUACUACUCCGUGGAACGCAGACGAAACGACGCCAGCGACGAGGAUAGCCAGGACUCGAAAAUGGAAUCGGAUCCCUUCGUGACUUGGAGACCGCGUCGAGCCUUGCCGCGUGAAUAUUUCAUCGAGAUCAUGGUGGUGGCCGAUGCCAAGAUGGUGAAGUACCAUGGCAAGGCUUUGUUCAGCUACAUUUUGGUCCUGAUGAGCAUGGUUUCACGGAUCUACAAAGAUCAGUCGAUUGGCAAUCCCGUGAGCAUCUCGGUGAUGAAGAUCGUGCAAACGGACGAGGUGUUUGCAGCCAGACACACUGGAACGGAAGGAUUGUCGGCAGCCGACAUGCUCAAAAGGUUCUGCCGUUGGCAGAAGAACAACAAUCCGGACGAACCAUCCCCCGAGCACCACGACAUCGCUCUCCUUUUGACGAGGGAAACUCUGUGCCACAAUCCCGAGGAAAGGCGCUGCGACACGUUGGGUCUGGCCGAGCUGGGACGAAUCUGCUCCCCGGUAUCCUCCUGCGCCAUAGUUCAAGAUAAUGGACUGGCUGCUGCGUUCACGAUUGCCCACGAGAUCGGUCACGUACUGAACAUGUCGCACGACGACGACACGAAAUGCUCCGAAUACAUGAACUACUCGGGCGGGCACAACAUCAUGUCCAGGAUGCUAGACGACAACACCUUCCCCUGGGAAUGGUCGAAAUGUUCCAGGCACUACGUCACCGAGUUCCUCGAAGCCGGCCACGCCAACUGCUUGCUCGACGAGCCCGAUAAAAUAAUGGAAAAAGAGGACGUGAGCAGACUACCCGGCGAGGAUUACUCGGAGAACAAGCAGUGCGAGCUCGUGUUCGGACGGGGGUCCAGGAUCUGUUCCCACAUGGACAAGGAUGUGUGCAGGAGAUUGUGGUGCACCGCACCGAGGUGGGAUGAUCCUGAUCAGUGUCAUACCCAGCACAUGCCGUGGGCCGACGGAACCGCCUGCGGCGUCAACAAAUGGUGUCAUCGUGGCGAGUGCGUCUCCCGUAGGAAUCUCGAGCCGGUCGAUGGCCAGUGGGGCGAAUGGGGACGAUACGGCGAAUGCUCGCGAACCUGCGGCGGCGGCAUAAAGAAAAAAUACCGCGAAUGCAACGAUCCGCCCCCGCAGAACGGUGGCAAUUACUGCGUCGGGGAUCGCGUCAGGUACCGCAGCUGCGCGACCAAGGAAUGCCCACCGGGAACCCCGGAUUUCAGGGAACAGCAGUGCUCGCAAUUCGACAACAACAAUCUGAGCAUACAGAAUCUGACCGAGGACGUCAAGUGGCACGCGGAGUACACCAGGAUAUUGCCGCAGGACCGUUGUAAAUUGCACUGCCAAGUGGAAAGUAAUCAUUAUUACAAGCUGAGGGACAAGGUGAUCGACGGAACACCGUGCGGACCGGACACCUUUCACGUGUGCGUGAACGGCCUCUGUAAACCAGCGGGAUGCGAUCACGUUUUGAACUCGACGGCGGAACUCGACACUUGCGGCGUAUGCAAGGGCGACAAUUCCACCUGCCAGAGGAUCACGGGUACCUACAAUGACACCAAGUACGGAUACACGAGGGUGACCAAGAUCCCAGCAGGAAGCAGCUACAUAGACAUCAGACAGCACGGUUGGAAGGGAUCACACGACGAUAGCAACUACCUAGCUCUGAGGCUCGGGGAGGACGGUAAAUACAUACUGAACGGCAACUACAUGGUGAUGCACCGAAAGGUGAUCGCUCUGGUGCAAUCCGGCAUCACCAUCGAGUACAGUGGACCCGAAUCGGUCGUGGAGCGUCUGAAUAGCUCCAGACCGAUCGGCACGGACUUAAUUCUAGAGGUGUUGUCGGUGCCGAACGAGAAUCCUCCUCAAAUCACCUACGAGUACACCGUGCCUAAGAAGAUCUUGAACAGCUACACGUGGAUUCUGAGCAACUGGUCGGAGUGUACUCACACUUGUCAGGGCAUGAAGUAUCGUAGAGCCGAGUGCAGGAGUACGGAGCACAAGGAUGUCGUCUCCGACGACUACUGUCGCGAGGAAGAGAAGCCGCGCGAGGAGAGCCAACUCUGCAACAAUCAUUGCUCUCUGAAGUGGCAAACGACGGUAUCCGAGUGUUCCAGUCACUGUGGCCCAGGUACACGCACGGUGACCUCGAAGUGCUUCCAAGUCCUCGUCAACUCGAACUAUCCGCCGCGUCCUAUACACGCGCGUGCCUGCGCUCAUCUUCAAAGACCCAACGAGAUAGAAGCCUGCAUCGGUCCUUGCGAGAACGUCCAUUGGAAUUACGGGGACUGGGGCAGCUGCAGCGUUACUUGCGGAAGCGGGGUCCAAUACAGAACAGCCGUUUGCGUGCACUCGAACGGGAGACCCGUGUCGGAGGACAAUUGCGCCAGCCAGGAGAAGUAUCUCAAGAGAGUGUGCGGCCAGGACGCGUGUCCCAAGUGGGAUUUCGUCAAGUGGACUCCCUGCUCGGCAACGUGUGGCCCUGGCAAACGACAACAGCAGUAUUUGUGCCACGUGGACAACCGAAUUGUAUCUCACAGCGACUGUGGCGAGUCGCCGCCGGAAGUCGUGGAGGCUUGCAACGCUGGGCCUUGCGAGCAAUGGAAAUCCGAUGCCUGGAGCCCGUGUUCAGUCACUUGUGGUGCAGGCGUGAAGCAAAGAAAAGUAGUUUGCGAAUCCUCUGAUGGGACCAUAAGCAACAAAUGUUCCUUUUCUGAUAAACCGGAAGACAUCACCACCUGCGUGCUUAAGCCCUGCCCAACAGUGGCCAACGCAACGCCAAUUAAAUAUUCUUCCGAUCCACCGCACGAGGAACCUUCUCAACAGGACAAUGAAGUCGGUGACAUUACGUUCCGUUCUGGAUAUCAAUGGGACGUUAGAUCGUACAAGGAGUGUUCCAGGCCGUGUAUCGGGGGCUAUAUGUACACUGGGGUAAAAUGUGUCUCCAUUGAAACGGGAACCAUUGCCCCCGACGACUACUGUGACAGAAAAAAGAAACCGUCAACUUCGAUUCCUUGCAAUCGUCAUCAAUGCCCAAUGUGGAACACUGGCGAUUGGAGUCAGUGCGACGUGGAAUGUGACACGGGAUUCCAACAUCGACAAGUGCGUUGUCAGAGUCCGCAGGGUGAAAUUGUACCGGACGACAGAUGCCACAGCAGUGAAAAACCGGAAGUAGUGAAGAUAUGCCGGAAGAGCCCGUGCGUGACCGGCUCCACGAACAGGAAAAAUCGACUGGAACCGAACAUUUUUCGAAAAUGGAAAGUCUCGAACUGGACUUCCUGCUCGAAAUCGUGCGGUAGCGGACUGCAGAGGCGAAGGGUGGAGUGCACGAUGAGGAGGGGGAACCACGGACCGGAAGUGACGGUUAAGGACGAGCAGUGUUCGAGGCUUGGCUUGUCCAAGCCAAGAUCGCAGAGAUCCUGCCGACGCGUUGCCUGUGACUAUAUUUGGCAGGAAGGCGCUUGGUCUGAGUGUUCAGCAGAAUGUGGCGAGGGAAUUCAACGUCGAACAGUAACAUGUCAUCGUACUAAUCGAUAUGGAUUGAUCGAUCCAAGACCCAGCGACAACUGUCCACUGGAUCAAAAACCACCCGCUGAACAGACCUGUAAAUUACAGGAGUGCGACGACAAGUAUUUUUGGAGCCCUGGCCCAUGGAAGAAAUGCAGUCACACGUGUGGGCAAAAGGGCCGCCAAACGCGAAGAAUAUUCUGCCGCGAUAGGUCUGGCAAAAGAGUAGCUCGAGUUAAUUGCCCUAUCGAAUUUAAGCCACACAGAAAGCAAAAGUGCAACCAAAGAAAAUGUUAUCCACUCUCUUGCCUCGAAACUAAAAAGUACUUUAAAGCUAACAAAGACGGCGAGUACACUUUGAUCGUGGGUGGAAGAAGCAUGUCGAUUUAUUGCCAUGGAAUGUCAACUUCUGAUCCAAAAGAGUAUUUGACAUUGCCAGCUGGAUCUCGAGAGAAUUACGCGGAAAUAUACGAUAAGAGAUUAAUAAAGUAUCAAACUUGUCCAUACAAUGGACAGAGAAACGAUAGUUGUAAAUGUGUUACCGAUGCUGGAACCAUUUCCGGUAAAACAAUGUUCAGAAGAGUAAGAUUCGACCCUAUCAAGCUUUAUAUUUUAGAGGACGAUUAUACAUUCUCGUGGACAAAAGGUGCAAAACGCGUCAAGUAUGGCGUGGCUGGUGAUUGCUACAGUCGUGCCUAUUGUCCCCAAGGUCGUUUUAGUAUUAACUUAAGUGGAACUCAACUGAAACUAUCGUCGGACGUUACAUGGACAGGAACGCUUGGAGUAUCAAUGGAAAUUUAUAAUAUUAGCAAUCAGCAUAUCACGGGAAAAUGCGGAGGUUACUGCGCCUUUUGUAGCCCGAAAAUCGGAUUAAAACUAGAUGUUCUACCACCCUAGUUCGAAAUGUACGGAGCUUAAUAAUCUCUAGAUGCCUGUGGAGUACAGCUUUCAGCAGAUAGAAAUUCCACUAGUGGAUUUGAGUACGUCGCAAAAGACUGGUUCAACGAACACACGAUGAAAAUGACGAUCUGCUAACGAACCGAUUCCUUUGACCUCGAGGUUACUCCGAAUCAUAUGUUUAAGUCGUUACUAGUCCGCUUGAUUCUUAACAAUAGUUAUUGCACAAAAUCGACCGUUAACAAUCAACGUUGUACGAUCAAAGAGAUUGCUUCGAAGCGAAGUCACAAAUCCAAGGAACGUGUGAAGAGCACUCACAAACUAUUCUUGAUAUGUCGAAUAGAACGUAGAUUAAUUAAUAACUAUUUACUAUCUUACGAUUCGCAUUUAAAAUUUAAUGGUUUAUUUAUGUUAAGAAUAGGAAUAUUAUUCACUCGAUUUUUUUUUUUUACUAAUUCCAUUCAUGACAAUAAGAUCAUCGAGCCUAUUAAUGUACCGAAAACUUGAAAGAAGAGAAAUGCUGGUAAUAGUUCUAUUUUCUUGAACUAUUCGUCGAAUUCUUAUAUCUACCUAAUUAAGAGUUCCAUUAAGUGUGUAUAUAACUUAGUAUCUGGUAAGGACUGCAGUAUUCGUUUUUUUUUUUUUAUUUCGUUGAAACAUCGUAACAACCUGUAUAAAAACGAAUAUUAACAUUGACAUGUAAUUGAGGUCCAAACCGGGGAAUCAAGAGGUAUAAGUCGAUCGAUUCAAUCAGUUUCUGUAAAUGCAUUGUAAACGAUAUGCUCUAGAUUUACUUGGGAAUGCAUUAAAAGCAAAAUGAGUCUGAGAGAUUCGAGCCUGAAUCUAUACCUCUUGGUCAGUCGAAUACUUUGGCUAUUGCAUGGAUGUGGGGAUGUAAAAUGCGACAGAAAACUCGAAGCAGUUGUACAUUCUAUCACUGCCAAUAUUCAUGCCUUAUACCUUACAUUGAUAUGUAGUUUCAUAACAAAGAUAUCAACGUUUCUACGAACUUGGAAUUCGCUCCAGUUGAGAGGAAAAUACGUAUUCUAAUGGAAUUAGUUACAUUAAGGAGCACAUCGACAUUUCCAAAGUUAUUGUUCCGCCUUCUCGUUGCUGCAGUAGAGAGAACGAAAGUAAUUCUAGAGACGUCGAAAGUAGGAGGAAGCUGAUCGAUGCUGCUUUUUGGAAUUACUCUCGAUCUCUCUACGUUUAUUAACACUUUACCGACCGGUAGCGGUUGAUUAAUCGGCUAUCGGUCGGUAAACGUCGACCGAUAAAACAGUUGAUUAAUAGGCUAUCGGUCGGUAAGCGUUGGCCGGUAAAACAGUCGAUUGAUAGGCUAUCGGUCGGUAAAGUGUUAAAAUCGUUUGACCCUCACGUGCCAGUGUUUCUGCUUCUUGAUACAGCACCACCGUAAAUAAUUAAAUACCACGACUUUAGUAUGUUCGUGGCACGUAGAACAAUAACAUUAGACAAUAAUUUAGCGUGGUAGAUUUGUAGAUUAUAUUCGAAGCCAUAAAAUUUGUAUCGUCCCCUCGAGAGCUCCAGAUAUAGCUAAUGACUUAACCAUAUUACCUUAAGUCCAUGGUGACUCAAUGGAAGCGACCGAUAUCAACUAUUUUGUACGUGAAACGUUCGUUAUGACAGUGAUGGGAGUCCAUUUUAUAAACAAACGAAAUAUCUGCCGAUUAAUGGACUUGCAACGUUUUCGUAACGAACGGAUUCGUGUAUCGUUAUUUUUAGGAAAUUUAGGAAAUGACAUGGUAUUGAUAUUUUGGAUCGAAUAUUGAUCUCUACACUGCCGUUAUCCUUUCAAUUCGAUACCUUGAUUUCUAAACGAGAAGUUUGAUUUAUUGACGAGGGAAACGUAAGACAGUCUCGUACCUACACCAAAAUACCAAAACAAUUCUCGAGUACAAAUCUUUUUUUUUGGCAGAGGUACGACAAACUCGUUCUCAUGACCUAUUGUAUGAGAACCGAAGGAAAUUUAGCUAAGUACGUAACGUUUCAAUAGACUGCCAUAGUUAAUGUUAUUAUCCAAUACUUAUAUAUUAAUAUUAUAUAUAUUAUCUACUGAUAUAUAUAUAUUAAUAAUUUUUUUUUUAUCGAAGAACGAAUAACACGGCAAAUUCGGCUAUAUCGUAACGUAGCAAAGCAUAAAGGAUGAACGACCGUAUUAGCAAGUUGUUCCAAAUCGUUUUGGUGCUUUCGUGAAUGGCAGUAGUUGUAGACGAAAAUUUUGUAAUAAUUUUUGUACAGCCACAUGAUCAAAAUUCCUACAGGGAUCAUCAUUGACCAAACAGAUCGCAUGAUAAACUUCAUCGUAUUCGUAAAAAAAAAAGUGUAAAGCAGAAAAGGAAAACUAAUUGUACGAUUCGUUUGCACAAUCGCUAACAAUACACAACGUUUCACCGAUCAGGUUUUUAUACUUGCCACUUGAUUAAAAUCAUUUAUGACGUUGUUCAAUGUUUGUUGGCAAGUGCCAAACGACGACUGUUUAAUAAUAAAUAUAGAAUACAUUGCAUGAUAAAAUGUAUCCGUUUUCGUAUGUAUAUUAUUCGUAGUCGAACGAUAGUUUAAAAACUAACACAAUUUUCUCCCUCUAUCAUAUUAGAUAUUCUUUUAUUCAUCCUACGUCUAAAUGUAUUCUUCUUGUAUAACGCUUCAUACGUUUUCAACAAUU